AUGAUGGGGGACAGAUAUGCUAGCGGGGAUUAUAAUUCGUCCCGUCCUCGAAUGGCAGAUGAUGGAGGGUAUCACGCAGAUGAUGGGUAUAAUGCCGAUGAUUACACUCGUUCGCGUCAAUAUCAUCACAAUGAAUACGGCUACCACUAUUCGGCCCCACCAGCAACAAGGCAUGGUACCCACAAUGAUGGAUACGAUGCAGCCUCAGUGAAUUACCGGGGUGGCCAGCAUGAUAUCCAACCCCACCCCGUUGCCGACAGACGUCAGUAUGGUGACAUACAUGGGUAUGGUGACCGACUCUCUGCCUCCCCAAAAGACUACAAUGGUGCACCACAACAACAACCGAUUCCAGACUUCCAUGGCACCGAACAACAACCGUAUUCAGAUGAUGACCUCCAUGCUUUUGCUGCAGAAGAGAUUAGACGCCGCCAAGAUGAUCCUUCUGUGGUUUAUCCAGAUACCCUUCACUUUGGUCAAGACGAUCAGACCAUUGUCUCAAAUGUCACAGAUCUGCACACUGUGCACUAUCAAACUGAUUUCUAUCCUUCACUGCAACAUGUGCCGGAUGAUGAAACAGUGGAAGAUCCUUUCCAUAGGCCAAUCAAUAGCGGUCGACAAGCACCUCGAGAAGGCAUCGAUGGGCCACCCACUCACCAACAGAAUGGCCACUUUCCAAGGCACAACGACAGAACGAUGGCUCUGCAAGAGGAAACGGAAGGAGAAUCGACUUCUCAAGUGGGGACCCUUUCUACCGGUAUCAAUAGUAGAGCAACCAGUAUGAGCGAUGCCCAAAUCAAAGAUGAUGCGAAAAAGAUGGCCACAGGCCCUCAAGACGACAAUCCUCCCACACUGAGCAUACCAGCAGCACAAGCAGCCAAGGCGGAUAUCCCUUUAAAGCAAAGCGAUGAUGCUUCAAAAAGCACGAGUGGCGAAAAAGGUCCACUUUGUCAACAACCCAAGGAGAACCAAGACACCCAAGAUUCUGGUCAACAAGAAGAUUGUGGUCCACGCAUCGCUACAAAACACAUACCACCUUCCAAACUAAGCCAGGCACUGGCUGCAUCAACAAACUCUAAUGAAGGUUUUCCUGGAGCUUUUCAUCAAGGUGGUGGACCAAACAUUCAUCACGAUGAAAGCAGGGAAAGUGGCAACCAUGCAACAGAAAGCACGUUGGUUGCGGAAGUUUCAGCUGCUGAUCAAAAGGGGGCUGAAAAGCUGUCUGAGUCCCCAGACAACAACAACAAAAACACCAAAACGAGGUCAUUGACUCUUCUUGUAACUCUUUGUCUUGUUGUUCUUGUUGUGAUCGCCACUAUCGGUGGUGUUUGUGGAAGUGGCAUGUGUGGUGGAGGCAGCGAGCAAGGAUCGAUGGCACAUUCGUUCGGGCCAACCUCAGAGAAGUAUUUGGAAUAUCAAAGGGCAAUCUUGGAUGUCUUUGGAGACGACUACUUUGAAGGGAAAGAGGAUGAAACUCCACAGUACAAGGCCUUUGAUUGGAUCUUGAAUCGUGAUGUGGUAUCACCCCAAGACGAUCAGUUCAUUCAAAGGUUCAUAAUGGCAGUUUUAUACUUUCACACAACCCAGUCACAGCAUUGGCUGAACUGUGGAGAUAAAGCACUCGAAACUUGUGAGACACUUGAAGGAAGAUUCCUUGGGUCUAAUUGGCUGUCAACAACCAAUGAAUGCAUUUGGGGAGGAGUAGCAUGUGACCACAACGCAUUUGGUGAUGUAACUGAGUUGACACUGACUUCCAAUAAAUUGAACGGGCAGUUGCCUACAGAGUUGGCUCUGUUGUCGAAAUUGACAAUUCUCAAUUUGCGGGACAAUGAUUAUCUCACAGGAACCCUGCCAUCAGAGCUCUAUACAUUGACGGCGUUGGAGGAACUGAACUUGAGUGGAAACUCUUUCUCAGGAGAUAUCAGCACGGAAAUCGGACUCAUGACAAGCCUGUCAAAGCUGGACUUGUCAAGUAACGAUUUUUUGGGGAGGCUACCAGACGAACAAUUGUCAUUGCUGUCUGGGCUGUACCAACUUGAUGUCAGUUACAACGAAGGCUUGCAUGGUAAGAUUCCUCAAGCAGUCUGCGACAAUGUUCACAGCCACGCGGACCUUGCAGAGGAAAUAGUGAUCAAAGCAGACUGCUUGGCCUAUAUGGUUGUUCGAACCAGGUUCACUUGUCCGGAAGGAUGCUGUACAGAAUGCUGCGAUAAUGGUGGAUGCUUCCCAGCUGAUUGA